AUGGUCGCUCUCGAUGACCGCUUCUAUCCCCACAUUGUCGACCAAAUAUGGUCCUACAUGAACUACCCCGACUAUCUCAUCGGCCGCCGCGUGUCCCGGUCCUGGAAGCGGCGCGCCGACCACCGUCUGCGGACCGAGGAGAACCUCGCUCGGCAUAUCUCCAUCAGCGUCUCCCGCGUCGGCGGAUCGAACGGCAAAGCCGUGACCAACGGAUUACCCGAGUAUGUCGGAAAAGGCAAAGGCAAGGCGAAGGAGGUCGAGGUCGAGAUAGUUGCAGACGAUAGUGGUGACGGCGUCGACAUGAUAGAGGUGCGCAGCCGCGACGUCUUCGCCCCCCAUCGGAGCGUCAUCCUGUGCUACGAGCCGCUAUCAUUCUGGAGCUUUGCCGGCAAUCCCGAGCUCGAGCGCCACUGGAGUCUGCUGUUCGCCAAGACGGAGCUCGUCGACCUCAUGGACGUCAUGUCCUUCCGCGACGGCAAGGAUUACGGCCGACUACCGUCCAUGAUCGGGCCUUUUGCGACAUUACGCUGGCACCACGGUGGGCGCGGCGUGGGGCCGCUGCUGACGGAUCACUCGACGCAGGUCGUGUUCGGCGCCGUCGAUGCCGCCCGCGGCCUGACCGUCCCACGACUCCGCAUCUCGACAGCAGGCCUGGCCGAAGUCGUGAUCAACGUGGACUGCUUCACGAACCCGCUGAAAGACACGGCCUGCCUCGACUCGCUGAACUCGGUCCUCGCGCUCCCCGACUUCAUCAAGGAGUGGAGCAUGAUCACGAUGAUCCUGAACAACAAGAUUCCGGACUGGGACAAGGCCAAAGACUCGAGGCCAGGGUACACGAGUGUCGGCCUCAUGAUCAAUUUCAUCGAGACGGCGCGCGAGCUCGAGCUCACCGUGCGCGUCGUCGGUGUCGAGCGCUUCCUCGAUGACCCCGAUUUGUGGGACACGCUCCUGUUCCGCGUCCGCGAGCAGAUGGAGGAUCCGGAGGAACGCAACGACCUCGUCGUGUUCUGGACCCAUGAGGAUUACAAGAUGCAGUACGGCAUCGAGCAGUAUCUGACGCAUACUGUGCGAUAG